AAUUAUUGAAUUUUCGCAGCGUUUUAACUACAGUGAUUUUUAAAGAGAGAAUAUGGCAAGUUUCAAACAAUUUGUCGUUGUUUUGCAACAGUAGGAGAUUGUCGACGAGCUGAGGAAAACUCAGUUGAUCACCGUCUCCGGGAAGGCAACGUAAUUUUGUUGUUUUCGUUAGCGCUCACUUUCGAUGUUAGUUUGCUCAAGAUGCCAAAUGAAUAGAAAGUCGAGUUAAUAACAAUUUUUAUAUAAUUUACGGUACAGUAAAGUUAUUAUUAGAAAAAUUAUUAUUGUUAACGUGAAACUAGAAGAAACUCAAACUAAGAUGACCGUUACUUUGGUAGCAAAACAUGAAGUAGUUACUGACGACAAUGACAAUGAAACUUGUUGUACCACUUCUAAGGCUGUAUCGCACUAUCGCACACAAUCAUUAUUAGAAGAUUUGUCUGGAGCUCCAAAUAAAAAUUCAAUAGACGAAGAUAGCGAUGAUGACGAAUAUGACGAAAUUUUUUACCAAAAAGCGAAGGAAUUGUUGCCUUAUGACCAAGCUCCGCCAUAUUUGAAACAUAAUCCUUUUAUUUUGACAGGAUACAGAAAAAAUCUCAACACAGAUUUAUGUGUAUCAAGUAUAUUUUGGUGGACGAAUGAAACGAUCAACAUAUGGUCACACAUUUUUGGAUUAUUUCUUUUUAUCUUGUUACCUAUUUACGAUUUUAUGAUAUUGAAAAUACAGGCCACUUUCAGCGAUAAAAUUAUAGUUGGAUCUUUUUUAGCGUGUUUUGUGUUAUGCAUGGCCUUAUCAGCGUUAUACCACACAUUCUCGUGUAGAUCGGAAAAAGAUUGUAAUAAAUAUCUCUCUUAUGAUUUGUUUGGUAUAGCUUUAUCUUUACUAGCGAUAUAUACAUCUGGAAUUUAUUAUGCCUUUUGGUGCGAUACAGACUUGCAGUUGUUUUAUACCAGCACUGUAACUGUGAUAUUUGCCAUAGCAAUGACGUUACAUAUACCUCAUUUUAAUAUUCACUCGAAUAUUAAAACUAUAGUUUUUGUAGCAUGGGGAUUAUACGGUGUGAUACCAACUAUACACUGGUCCAUCAUAAAUGGUGGGUUUGAAAACCCACUAGUCUGUAUUUUGUUACCUAGGGUGAUCGGAAUGUAUAUAAUAAGUGGUAUCGCAUUUGUUAUAUACAUAACGAAGAUUCCUGAACGUUUUUUGGCGGGAAAGUUUGACUUUGUUGGACAUUCGCAUCAAUGGUGGCAUAUAUUCGUCGUACUAGCACUUUAUUAUUGGCACAAUAGUGGUUUGAUAUACAUAGAAUAUCGGUUAAAUCAUGCUUGUCCAAAUAAAAUGAAAUUUCCAUAAUUUUAAUAUAUUUUAUUUUCAUUAUAUUACGUAACUUUUAAUAAAACUGUGAUA